AGUGCUGCUUUGACGCGCGUUUCGAUUGAAUCUAAAACGGUGCGUGGUGCGAUUUUGCGUAAAAACCAGUCAUUUUAUGUGCAUUGUGACGGAUUGACAUUUAGCAACGGAGAUAAAGAUAAAAGAAGAAAAAUCCCGUGACACCAGUUUUCGUGUCUCCUUCUAAAACAUACCCUUUGUCCAUGGACUCGUGCGAAUGUUCGUACAAUUGGCCAAGACAGGUGUUCAAAAGGCGUUCAAGAACGUUUUUCACUUGAGACUUUUCGAAGCGUGUUACCCAUCAAAUGAACAUAUUGAUGAACUCUUGUGCUUUAAUUAGAUAUUUGUAAGUUUGAUCAUUUUUUUUUUAUCAAUGAUCAUACAACUCUAUCAAAAUCGAUUAUUCGAUUAGUUUGCAUUUUCGGCGGAUAUUUUCUUCUUGAUUUUCGAACAAGAAUUUUCGGUUUUUUUGGUGUUUCAUUCAUCUAGCCAGAGAGAUAGGGAAAAAAAGUGAAAAAUGGGUAGAACGUGAUUUAAAUAAAUGAGAUAGCAUCUAAAACACUAAAAUGUGCAAUUCACUGAAAGUCCACCUUCAGUUACAUCGGAUUCAACAAUUUAAAUUCGAUGAUCGAAAAUCGUGUGAACUCAAUGAAAUGCUGAUUUGAUGUGAAUAUCGCACUCAAUCGGAAAAGUUUGAAAACAAGUGAUUAGAAUUAUUAAAAACAAAACCAGAAAUACCAAAAAAAUAAAUAAAACUCUGUGAAUUAUUGACAAAGAACACUGAAAAGUAUCGCAGAGAUUCAAGUGUUGUGAAUGGUGGGUGGAAGAUGAUACAAUUCGGAAUUGUUAAGUACGGGAUACUGAAGAAAUUUAAAGACAAGCCCAGACCAAAUAGAGGUGAUAGUGCAGGCUCCUGCUCCGAAGACGACACCGUGUUGUCUGAUUCAAAUCCUCGGUUAACGUGCGAGCGAUGUCGCGAGACCUUUGCCGACGAUCAAGACUUACUGGAUCAUCGGGACACAUGCAGCAUAUCACCUACCACCAUUCCCGUAAAAGCUGAACCACCCGCCUCACCAGAAGUGGCGGGUCACAGUAGUUCCCCGGACUGUAGUCCGGUAGAAAUAGCCAAAACGGAGCCAUUGGGGGCUGAAGAGGAGUCUCCUGAGGUCCCUGAACCCAUUGACUCAGGCGGUGUGGAAAAAGCACUGCGCCAUAGUCAGGAUGCUGCCAAUAAUAACAGUAGCGAGGGUGAUGAAGAGGCCGAAGAGGAGGCUCCCGAGGAGGAAGAGGAAGAGAACAUGGAAAGACAGGAAAUAGCUGAAGGAUCAGAUAUACCUUGUCCUGUUCCGGGAGGUCCUUUUCCUCCCAGCCAUGUUACCCUAGAAGCGCUUCAGAAUACAAAAGUGGCCGUAGCUCAGUUUGCCGCCACGGCCCUUGCCAACAAUGGCGACAAUGAAGCCGCCCUCAAAGAACUUGCAGUGUUGCAUUCCACGCUCUUUACCCUGCAACAUCAGCAUGUUUUUCAAUUGCAACUGAUUCAACAGUUGCAAUCGCAAUUGUCCAUGAAUGUGCCCAAAUCGGCCGGGAGUAUCGGUAAAGAGGCAAGAGGAAUGGAUGAAAAUGAGGAGGAACAAAUGGAAGUUAAGGAUGACCUGGAGGGAUCUGAAGAUCCAAUUGAUGCUGACGAUAUGAGUGAUAAGCACGAUGAUGAGGAUCUAUCAAAAUUGGAGCCAGAAGUCAUCAUUAGCAGGGAUCCCAGUCCAGAGCCAUUGGUGAAAAAGUCUCCGUCAUUUGUUGACAAGAGAGACGAACAACCCCUUCCCGCCACCCAACCCCUUAUUCCAUCACUGGCCUCUCAUCAGCCACCGAGAAUUCCCUCUCCCAUGAAAGCCCCCAUGUGUCACAUAAGUUCCUCCCUUGCAUCCAGCAUAAUUACAAAUCACGAUCCACCGCCAUCACUGGAUGAACCCAACUCCCUGGAAAUGCUCCAGAAGCGUGCCCAGGAGGUGCUGGAUUCGGCCUCCCAGGGGCUACUAGCUGGAAAUUUGGCCGAUGAAUUGGCAUUCCGGAAAGAUAAAAUGUCACCAUAUGACUCAAAGGGUAAUCGCAAUGAGCCCUUCUUCAAGCACCGUUGUCGAUACUGUGGUAAAGUUUUUGGCUCCGACUCUGCCCUCCAGAUUCAUAUUCGCUCCCAUACAGGUGAGCGUCCCUUCAAGUGCAACGUCUGUGGCAGUCGUUUUACAACCAAAGGCAAUCUCAAGGUGCACUUUCAGCGGCAUACUAGCAAAUUUCCCCAUGUCCAGAUGAAUCCCAAUCCCAUUCCGGAACACCUGGACAAAUACCAUCCACCACUGUUGGCACAGCUGUCUCCCGGACAUGCACCACCUCAACACACCUCCCUGCCACAUCCGCAAUUGCCUGUGUCGGUACCCGUUCCUUUUCCACCGGGUGCUGGAUUUCCCGGACUACCACUGUACCGGCCUCCAUUGGAUCUCCUUAAACCCGUCGGCGGACAUCCUCAUCCUCUGUUUGGUCUAGCACCACCUCAGCAUCCUGAACAAGAUAUGCCAGCUGAUCUGAGUAAACCGUCCCAGGCUUCAAAAUCACCAUCUCCGACUAGAGCUGUUGUGCCCAAAGUCAAACAGGAGCCGCGGGAAGAGACAAUGACCCCUCCACAGGAGGCUCAUCAUACACGGGAUCGAUCUCCACGAGACCGAGGUAGGGAGAGUGUUUCUCCACCUCGGGGGCGUUUUGAUCAAGAAACCGAUCGAUUUUCCCCUCCGGCCAAUUUCGAUGAUUGCUCCAUGGAAAGUAAAUACAGUGAGCAGCGUGAUGGUCGUGACCAGGAUCAGCCUGAAAACUUAUCUGCCAAAGCCGCUCCCAGAUCUCCGCCAAGCAGUGCUAGUAGUCAAGCAUCUGGGUCCAUUUUUCACGGUUCCACUGGUGGUCCCGAUCCCACCAAGGAUCCCGUCCUCUAUUCCUCCCUUCUGCCCCGUCCCGGCAGCAAUGACAACUCCUGGGAGAGUCUCAUUGAGGUAACAAAGACAUCGGAAACGUCCAAAUUGCAGCAGUUGGUGGACAAUAUCGAGCACAAACUCACAGAUCCCAAUCAGUGUGUCGUGUGCCAUCGAGUAUUGUCCUGCAAAAGUGCCCUCCAGAUGCACUAUCGCACCCACACGGGCGAACGACCAUUCCGGUGUCGCAUCUGUGGGCGAGCCUUUACCACCAAGGGCAAUCUUAAGACUCACAUGGGAGUGCAUCGUAUGAAGCCGCCAAUGAGGACACUGCAUCAGUGUCCGGUAUGUCAUAAGAAGUACUCUAAUGCCCUAGUGCUACAGCAGCACAUCCGGAUGCACACUGGAGAACCCACGGAUCUCACUCUUGAGCAAAUUCAGGCAGCAGAAGUCCGAGAUUUCCCAUCACUCUCUCCUGGACCAUUUGGCAUGGGUCCCUUUGGAUUUCCCCUUGGGGCAGGUGUUCCUGGUCAUGUAGGUGGUUCUGGAUCUUCACAGGGUGACAAUGAUGAUUUCAUGGAGGAUGAUGAGGAUUUUGACGAGGAAAAUAGUAAUUCCGGGGAUCAGGGAAGUACAUCUGGAAAUUCUCUGCCGACAUCUCUGGCAGCUCUGGAAAAUCAAGUUCGCACAAUCACCACAAUGGCAUCUCAAUUGUCUGCCUCGGGUCUCACAGCUCGGUCCACAGAAGACCUCCCACGUGCUCACUCCAUCUCAAGCCAUGCUGCCAGCAAUGGUGAACGGAGUCCACCGCCACAGAGUCCGGGAGCAGCUCAACCAUCUCCGGCUCCAUCAGAGAGCUCAACUGGGGGUGCUCUGGAUCUUACGCCACGAUCCAGCGUUGCUCCUCACUGUAGUCCACCAAUAUUGCAUGGUGGUCCACCUCUUGGAAUGUUUCCUAAUUUCCCACUCCUUCCCCAUGGUCCUAUUGCCUCCUCAACGCCAAUGAUGAACAGCGCACUGAACUCUCUGGCCCAGUCUGUGCUGCCGGCGUCACCGUUCAAUCCACUUGGCAUUUCUGAUGAUCUCUUCGGGUACUCAAGAUUUGGUGUUCGUGGCAAUACAACGUGCAAUAUUUGCUUUAAGACAUUCGCGUGCAACUCUGCACUCGAGAUUCAUUACCGCAGCCACACUAAAGAGCGACCCUUUAAAUGUACAAUUUGUGAUCGUGGUUUUUCCACAAAGAAUGAAGAACUCCUCCAUACAUCCUUUCACACAUCCAAACGAGGCAAUAUGAAGCAACAUAUGCUGACGCAUAAGAUACGAGACAUGCCACAGCAUAUGUUUGGCAACUCCACGGCGCCCUCCUCGGAGGCAUCACAGAUGCGCCAGGAGAAUCGCUCAGAGAGCAGUAGCAAUUCCAUGGAUGGUCGCGGAAGCAACCACGAACAGGAUAAUGAUCGAGAACGCUCUAUGCCUUCGCAUCUUCUUAGGCGAUCGUCCCAUGAUGGUUCUCCCAAUGGGGAAUCAAUAAAGCACGAACCUGGUAUGAAGAGGUCUCCGUCGGAACUUGAUCAUCCGUCGCUUCCGAAACGACCGCUAACAUCUUCCUCUGGGUGUCAGCCAACAAGUGCAUCAAAUCCACCACCAUCGUCUAAGACACCCACCCCAGUUGCACUUCAACGUCCUCCGUCACCUCCACUGCCGCCGAUAUCUCUUGUAGCAGCACCAAGUAAGUCUCCGACAUUGGGCCAUAAGCCUGAACUGGGUCUGCUGCCACUGCAGCGUGAAAUGGAACGAUCGGAGCGGUUGGAGAGGGCAGAGAGGCGUGCCACGGAGGAACGUUCCACGAUCUCACAGCCACCAUCGAGUGCAGCCUCAGAUGGCACUAACAGCAAGCACUUGUGUGGUGUCUGUCGCAAGAACUUCAGCUCAAGUUCUGCUCUGCAAAUUCAUAUGCGCACCCACACUGGUGAUAAGCCAUUCAGGUGUUCCGUGUGUCAGAAGGCUUUCACAACAAAGGGAAAUCUCAAGGUUCACAUGGGUACUCAUAUGUGGUCGAACGGAGCUUCUCGUCGAGGCAGACGAAUGUCAUUGGAGCUACCGCUCAACAGACCGCUGCCCUUGAACCCGCAGGACUCAGAAUUCCUUCAGCGACGACCAGACCUCUUCUACCCGUACCUACCGGCCCCCUUCCUUAACGGCAUGCAGCAAAAGCAGCAAGGCGGUGGUCCUGGUGGUUUGGGUUCACCGCCUGGACUGACCAGCAAGUAUGCGGGUCUUCUGGGCUUCAGUGGCUUCAUGCCGGGCGGUCAUCCGUUGGCUGGCGUUGUCCCAGGCGGUGGUCAGCACCAUUCGCCCUCGCCAUCGCCACUGAGUGACAAGCCACCGUCAUCAGUAAGUCCUACGCCAAGUGUAGGGGGCGGUGAUGCCGACGGUGGUGGAUCACCACGUCGCGAUCAGGGUACACCGCAACGGAUCUGGGAUCUGCAUUAUGAACGAAAGUCUGCCAAUGCCAAUGGUACCGUUGGGGGUGAUGCAACGGCUGCCAUAGAGGGUAUGGCCCUUCUAGCGCCCCCAACACGCGGUGAGAGUCUCGCUGCAUAGUCUCAUAUCUGUAAUUCUCACAUAUCCAACGGCAAGAUGUCCACCAUUACUAUCCAAAACUGGAUUCCCUCUCUAAGUUUAAGGAAUCAAAUGCACAGAAUUCCCUGCGUAGUGGGAUUCACGUGAUUAUUAUUUUAAUUUCUUAGAUUGAUUUUUUUCUCUGACGGAAAAGAAAAGAAAAA